AUGGGUAAAGAAGUUGAACAUCAUGGAGGUUGUCAUUGCGGUAAAGUUAGAUAUACGGUGAUGGCACCAACAAAGAAUAUAUAUGUAGUCGAUUGUAAUUGUUCAAUCUGUAUUAAAAAGGGUAUACUACAUCUCAUUGUACCGAAAUCAAAGUUUAAGGUGACUGGUCAAGAAAAUCUAUCAACCUAUACUUUUAAUACUGGUAUUGCGAAACAUUACUUUUGUAAAUUUUGUGGUAUUGGUCCUUAUUAUAUACCAAGAUCAAAUCCAGAUGGAAUAGAUGUAAAUGUAAAGACUUUUGAUAAUUAUCAUCCAGAUUUAUUUAUACCCGAACCUUAUGAUGGAGCCAAUUGGGAAAAAGCAUCUGAAUCCACUUCUCUUUCACAUUUAUCAAAAGAUGACUCCUCCUCACCAACUACUACCAACACUACCACCACUAAUUAA